CAAGGCUCCCAUCCUGGCGCGUCAGAGCUCCCAAGCUAAUAAUAGGCCUUGCAAGCACUUGCAUCAACUGCACAACUGCACAACUGCACAACUGCAUCCAACUCCCUUCAACCUCACUUCUUUCGCCUCGCAUCGUCUCGCCUCACUUCGCUUCGCCAAACCCUUCACUACUAAAUCAACGAAGGAACUCCAAAUUCUCCGUUUUUCCAAUAGUUUAACCCGAAUCUCAUCCACAUCCACAUCCACAUCCAGAAACCCUACCAUCAGCUUUCAUCCUUGACAAUCAUUCACCAUGUCGGGAGGUAGCGCAGGCUUCGACCGGCAUAUUACCAUCUUUUCUGAGCAAGGAAGACUCUACCAAGUCGAAUAUGCAUUCAAGGCCAUCACCGCGGCCAACAUAAUGUCCAUUGGGGUCCGGGGCAAGGAUUGCGCCGUCAUUCUCUCUCAGAAGAAGGUUCCCGACAAGCUGAUUGAUCCUUCGUCUGUCUCCCACAUCUUCCAAAUCUCACCCUCCGUGGGUUGCGUCAUGACCGGGUCUAUCGCGGACGCUCGGGCUUUUGCGCAGCGUGCCCAGGGUGAGGCUGCCGAAUUUCGGUACAAUUAUGGAUAUGAGAUGCCAUGCGAUGCUUUAGCCAAAAGAUUGGCCAACAUUAGCCAAGUCUACACCCAGAGGGCUUAUAUGCGUCCCUAUGGUGUGGCUACGACGCUGAUAUCACUCGACUCGGAAUUUGGACCCCAACUCUACAAGUGCGAUCCAGCAGGUUACUACGUGGGAUACAAGGGAACUGCCGCUGGCCCCAAGCAACAGGAGGCACUCAAUCAUCUGGAGAAGAAGCUCAAGAACAAGGAUCAUGCCGAAGGCACAUGGGAAGAUGUUGUCGAGUUGGCCAUUACUACACUCAGCACGAUCCUCAGCAUGGACUUUAAAAAGGGCGAAAUCGAGAUUGGCAUCGUUGGAGGCCCCCGAGCAGACGGUACGGAGGGAUCGGAUCCCUUCUUCAGAACUCUUACAGAGAACGAGAUCGACGAGCGAUUACAGGCGAUUGCUGAGAAAGAUUAAGGAUUGGCGGGCAAGGCGAUUGUGGCAUAAGGCUGGGUUACGAUUAACAUGUUUGAUUUGUUCGCGCUGGCCAGGCAACAUUAUAAUUGUGUUGUUGUGGGGGCAAGGGUCCUCGAGAUACCCUACCCUUCGUGGUGUCACUAGUUUUAGAUGCUCCAUCAACGGGAACCUUUGAUCUUCAUCCUGGUCCGUACCGUACUAACCCGUGCAGCCGUGGAGCCAAUAUACUCAUGCUUUUCUAAGCACGCAUUACCCAGCCUAAAAGUGGCUAUAGCUGAAGAA